AUGUUCAGAAACAACUACGAUAACGAUUCCGUUACCUUCUCGCCCCAGGGCCGAAUAUUCCAGAUCGAAUACGCUGCUGAGGCAGUGAAGCAAGGUUCAGUCGUCGUCGGUAUCGCCAGCAAGACCCAUGCUGUUCUAUGUGCUGUCAAGCGAAACGCAGAGGAACUCUCAUCCUACCAGAAGAAGCUUUUCACUGUCGACGAACAUGCCGGUAUCGCCAUCGCCGGUCUUACUUCCGAUGCUCGCGUCCUCUCCAACUUCAUGAAGCAGCAGUGUCUAGGUCACCGACUCACCUACGGCCGUGCCAUUCCCCUCCGAUCCCUUGUCGACAUGAUCGGUGAGAAGGCCCAGAUGAACACUCAAAUGUACGGAAAGCGACCUUAUGGUGUUGGUCUGCUAGUUGCCGGUGUUGACGAGCGCGGUCCCCACCUGUUCGAGUUCCAGCCCUCAGGUAUGACAGAGGAGAUGCUUGCGUUUGCCAUUGGCGCGCGAAGUCAAAUGGCUCGAACAUACCUUGAGCGCAACAUCGACGAGUUCCCUGACUGCUCAAGGGAGGAGUUGGUCAAGCACGGUCUCAAGGCUCUGAAGGAGAGUUUGGUUCAGGACAAGGAGCUUACAGUAGAGAACCUUUCAGUCGGUGUAGUGGGCAUCAACACAAAGGACGGCAAGAAGAAGGUCGAGCCGUUUAAGCUCUACGAUGGAUUCGAGGUACAGCCAUGGAUCGAGAGCGUUGGCGAGGGUCAAGGAGGUGCAGAGGAAGGCGAGGGUGAGGGCAUGGAUGUGGACAGCUAA